GCACCUUGACUCCCAUUUUAGAAAAUCCUUUGAACAAGGAGCUGUACUGGGCUAAACAGUAACUGCUUUCAAGGACACAGGAAAUGCAGAACCUGGAUAUCGAACUUGAAAUUACUUCCUGGUAUUGUUGAUAGCAGUGCUAUAGCAUUUUAGCAUGAAAAAAAUUUCACCUUUGUUAGGGGCCGGAAGGGACCUCAUGGAUCAUCUGGUCCAGCCCCCCUGCACUUGGGAGGAAAGACUGCUGGGAUCAAUCUGCCUAAACUACCACUCUUCAGCCUCAAGUCAGUCGGGGUCAGUGAAGGAAACCAGAGUUGUAGACCAAAGAAGGUGUGUACCAGGAACACUAUCAUCUCUUGCUGUAAGAGAGAAGUUGAGUUACCUGAUGCAAAAUGAUGGGAAACCAACGAACUAGAAUCAGUGAUCUGCUCUCACGUGCCCUUGAGGACCUUUCUGAAGAUAACUUUGAGAGGUUUAAAGACAAACUGUUGCAUUCUGACUUUAAGGGGAAAGGUAACAUUUCCCAAAGUCGGCUGGAGGAUGCCACCAGGAUAGCUACUAAGAAUCUCCUGCUGGGAUUCUAUGGUGAAGACGCUUCAGUUGAUGUGACAAUAGAAGUUUUAAUUUGGAUUAAUUGCAGAGAUGUUGCGGCCAAGCUCAGAGAAGAGAGAGAAAAAGAUCUGGGCCUGAACGAGAAAAUAUCUGAGAUGUCAAUAGAAGAUUACAGAGUGAAAUAUAAGGAACAUAUACACAGAGAGUACCAACAAAUAAAAGACAGGAAUUCUCGUUUGGGUGAAGGUACACUUCUAAACAGCAGAUACACAAAACUGAUUAUUGUCAAUCAAUAUCGUCCUGAAAAGGAAAGAGAACAUGAAAUAAUGGCCAUGGGACAGAGGCAUGCAGAAAUCAUGAAUGAACAAGCCAGGUCCUCGAUCACCAUAAAUACCCUCUUUAGGCCGGAGAGAGAUGCACAAGCACCACGGCUUGUUGCGCUGGUGGGAGCUGCAGGGAUUGGGAAAACAAUGACAGCACUAAAGAUCAUGUUGGACUGGGCAACUGGAAAGCUCUACAAGAAACAGUUUGACUAUGUUUACUACAUCAACUGCAAGGAAAUGACCCUUCUUACUCAGGAGCGAAGCGUGGCUGACAUGAUUUUGAAAAGUUAUCCAACUAAUAAGGCACCAAUUGAACACAUUCUGGCAAACCCCGAAAAAAUCCUAUUCGUAAUUGAUGGUUUUGAUGAACUGAGAUUUGCCUUUGAUCAACCUGAAAGUGAUUUGUGCUCUGAUCCCAGGAAGAAGCAGUCAGUGGAAAUCAUACUCAACAGCUUAUUUAGGAGAACAGUUCUCCCCGAAUGCCACCUGAUAAUCACUACCAGGCCAACUGCUCUGGGGAAACUGGAGAAGUGCUCAAAGUGUUUUCGUUAUGCAGAAAUACUUGGAUUUUCUGAGAAAGAGAGAAGGGAAUAUUUCCAGAACUUCUUUGAAAAUGAAAAAGAAGCGUCAGACGCCUUUAACUUUGUCAGUAAAAAUGAAAUUCUCUUUACCAUGUGCUUUGUGCCCAUUGUGUCUUGGAUCAUCUGCACGGUUCUGAAACAGCAGAUGGACAGGGGUAAAGAUCUUGCACAGACUUCAAAGACCAUCACAGGUGUGUAUCUGUACUAUUUUCUCAGUUUAGUGGAGUCUUCUGGCAGCAAUUCAAAGCCACAGAUGCAAGCUCAUUUAAGGAGACUUUGCUCCCUGGCUGCUGAUGGGAUCUGGGAGCAGAAAAUACUCUUUGAGGAAGAAGAAAUCAAAAAGUAUGGCUUAGAUAAGGCAGACUUUCUCCCCCUCUUUUUGAAUGAGAACAUUUUUCAAAGAGACCUUGACUGUGUGAGUACUUACAGUUUCAUUCAUUUAAGUUUCCAGGAGUUUUUUGCAGCUUUGUCCUAUGCCCUGGAGGGGAAUGAGGAUACAGUAAAGCAUGCAGUAACUCCCAAAGGAGAAGUGAAAUCUCUGCUACAAGAAUAUGGGAAGUCUAAAAAUUACUUAAUGCUAACAGUGCGAUUUUUGUUUGGCUUAUUAAAUAUGGACAGAAGGAAGGACAUAGAGAAAAAACUUGGCCAUAAAAUGUCACCCAAUCUUCAGACAGACUUAGUGACAUGGUGUAGUUCAUCUAGUAUAUAUUCCAGAGAGAGAUACGUUAGUUUUGAGAUACUUUACUGUUUGUAUGAAACCCAAGAAGCACAGUUUGCAAAACAUGCAUUGGCCAGUUUGACAGACCUAAAGAUAUAUAGACGAGAAUGGAUACACAUGGAUCAAAUGGUUCUUUCAUUCAUUGUAAAAAGUCACCAAGAACUGGAGUCACUUGUUUUUGUUCAGUGUGACUUUAACAUUGAAGGCCACCAGGAUAAAGAAUUUCUUUGGCUUGUGAAGUGGUUUUAUCAGGGGAAACAAAAGCAUUCAUCAGUUUACCCACUGUGUCAAGCACUGAAGGACCCAGACUGUAAAAUAAAGAAACUGCAUUUUCAGUUUUGCAAGCUCAAAGGCACUUGCUGCAGGGAUCUCGCUGCUGUUUUUAGCAACAAUUGGCAUCUGAAAGAGCUGAAGCUGUAUAAGAGCGAUCUGGGGUAUUUUGGAUUGAAGCAGCUAUGCGAGGGACUGAAACAGCCAGACUGCAAGUUACAAAGCCUGCACUUCAAAGAUUUGGCAAGGUCUGGCUGUAGAGAUCUCGCCGCUGUUCUCAGCACCAGCCCCAGUUUGACUCAGCUGGAGCUGAAUAGUGAUCUGAGAGAUUCUGGUGUGCAGCAGCUGUGUCAGGGACUGAAGAACCCAAACUGCAAGUUGCAGAGACUGAAAUUGGAGUCAUGUGGUUUCACCAGCACUGGCUGCAGGAAUCUCAGGACUGUGUUGAGAAGCAACUGGAGCCUGAGAGAACUGGAACUGAGUGGUAAUCAUGUAGGAGAUUUGGGAGCGGAGCAACUUUGUGAGGGGCUGAAGGAUCCGAGCUGUCACUUACAGAGACUGGAGUUGAGAUAUUGUGGCUUCUCAGCAGCUUGCUGUGAGGAUUUUGCCCAUGUUCUCAUAAACAACCCAAGCCUGAUAACGUUGGAUUUACGUGGCAACCAUCUGGGAGACUCUGGAGUACAGAAUUUGUGUAUGUGGCUGAAACAUCCAAACUGCCAGUUACAGAAAUUGUGCUUGUGGAGCUGCAAACUCACAGUUGCUUGCUGUGAAGAUCUCACUGAUGUUCUCAGAAGAAAUGACAGCCUGAGAGAACUGCAGCUGGGUGACAAUGCUCUGGGAGACUCUGGAGCGCGGGUGCUGUGUGAAGGAGCAAACCAUGCCAAAUUAGAAAGAUUGGGCUUGUGGAGGUGCAAUCUCACUGGGGCUUGCUGUGGGGAUCUCUCUGCUGUGCUCAGCACCAAGCAGAGCCUGACAGAGCUGGAGCUGGGUCACAAUGAUGUGGGGGACUCUGGAGUGCGGUGGCUGUGCGAGGGACUGAAACAUCCGAACUGCAAGUUACAGAGACUGCGGUUGUGGUGGUGCCAACUCACAGCGUCUUGCUGUGGGGAUCUGGCAGCUGUUCUCAGGAGCAACCAAAGCCUGGCAGAGCUGGAGCUGGGUGGUAAUGAACAUCUGGGAGAUGCUGGAGUGCAGCAGCUGUGUGAGGGCCUGAAGCAUCCAAACUGCAAGUUGCAGAAACUGGGACUAAGUGGUUGUGACCUCACAGCUGGCUGCUGCAGGGAGCUCUCCUCUGUUCUCAGCACCAGCCAGACCCUGACGGAGCUCAACCUGCGGGACAACCAGCUGGGACAUUCAGGAGUGCAGCUGUUGUGUGAGGGGCUGCAACAUCCUGACUGCAAAUUGCGGAGGUUGCGGCUGAGCUCUCACACUUUUAAAGAAGAAACGAGGACAGAGCUGGGUGCUGUGAGAGAGAUAAAGGCCCAUCUGGUCAUAGAGUCAAACUAGUAAGCAGGAGCCCUUGCUCCAAUGUGCCUUGGCCCACCAGUUGUCUCUACCACUUCCUAGGAGAGCAGCAAGGGCUGGCAGAGGGACGCACCUGCACAUUGACAAGAGGACGCUCUCACUACCAGGCCCUUCAGAAGCAUAUUCCAGCAUGUGCGAUGGGGGUUGGGGAAAGACUUUUGAGACUACCCCUUCUGCAGGAGCAGCUGGUUUUACUUCUUAUUUGAUCUGAAUUUGGAAGGAGACAGUUGAUUUGUUGAAAGGAUCAGGAAGGAGACAUGGGAUCUGCAUACAGGGGAAGGAGAGGACCACAAGAUGGAGGGGUCUGGGAACUGUACUUCUUCUGUCCCUGUUGGGGCAGCAGAGAGACUCAAGAUCCCAUCCCCAGAUCAGUGGGGAAUUUCUGUACUGGCACCACAGCUCAUUCACAGUUGUCUCUCUAUCUAUGAGGGUGUUUGCAGUGUUACAGGAUUCCACAGCUCCCAGCUGUUUUGCUCCAAAUCCAUCCCCAACCUUUCACAUGGUUACUGUAGGCUUUUGUCAGUUUUUUUCUGGAAUCGAAUAAAGACUACAAAUCCAGAAGCUG